UUUCACCAGUAAGGUAAUCAUUAAAUUGCUUGUCUUUUAAGAAGUAUACCCUGAAAUAUUUAAACUACUUACAAUUGCAAUUAAACUGAUUUUAAAAUGUACUUUUGGAAAGUAUUUCAAUGUCUUCUGUUGGAAGGAGAAAACGCAGGUUCAGAAGCUUUAAGAAAUGCAGAAAUGUUUUACAUUGAGAAUCACAAAUUUGAAAAAUUCAUUAACAGACACAAAGACAUUCCUUGUUUGGUACCCGAAUCAAAUGAAAAAAUGCAGAACAGUUACCUCAUACUUGAUGAAUAUAUGCGAUUUUUAGAUUGUAGAGAUGGAUGGAAAACACCAUCAAAAUCAAUCUUAGAUGUAGGGGUAAUUGACGCCCUUAAAUUUUCCGGAUUUGAUGAAAUAAUGUUUCUUAAAAGAGGAGGGAAAUACAAAUGGUCCAAAAAAGACGCUGACCUAACGUGGUGAUUGUAAUAUUACUUGAAUAAAAGAAAUAUUAAUAGUAAAA